UGCAUAGAACCUGAGAAGGUCUAUAAUAUUUGUUAUAAUUUAUAAUAUCCUGUUAUAAAUUUAUCGAUAUUAAUGCAGACAUAGAAGUGAUUAUUUGUAAAGUGUAUAAAAACAUGUAUAAUCCAACAUAUGACGACGAGGCACCAAUACCUCUAAUAGCUAAUUAUACAGUCGUGAAAGAAGGAGAGGAAGAAGAGAAGAGGGAGACAGAAGACCGAGUUAUUCUAGAAAUUGGCCGACAAGACGACAAACCUAAAGAAGAACACACAUUUUCGCACAAGAAGUACGAUAAAACGAUUUCACACCACAGAUCCUAUGUAUUAGAAGAUUAUGAACCGAGAAGAGUAACAUACUUCAGACCUCAUGAAUUAGAGCAUCCAAGUCAUGAAGGUCCAAGAUUUUAUGAGCAAGAGUUUAGAGAGAGUGUGGUACAAGACACAGCCAAUUCAGAAUCGUCAUUAGAUUUUUCCCACGAGUCCCAGGACACCGGUAAAUAUGGCGUGGAUGAUACCGCUCAAGAAACUAUUAUGAAUUGGAAAGAACGGGCGUUACAACUUGAAAAAGAGUAUAAGAAGACUGCUUGCGAUCGAGAGAGAACAAGGAUGAGAGACAUGAACCGUGCCUUCGACCUUCUGCGGUCUAAACUGCCGGUCACGAAGCCGUCCAAGAAGAAAUACUCAAAGAUCGAGUGUCUGAGGAUAGCAAUAUCGUACAUCAGGCAAUUGGAAUACAUGCUGGCAGGUGGUUCCCCAGACAAUCCGGCGUUCUUCGAAAUACAUGUGUCGGAUUUGAGAAGACGUCAGUCUAAGUUUUAGCUAGGAUUUAUGGACAGACAAUCCUAUACCCGUUAAUCUGUAAUAUUAUAUUAGCAUCGGAGGACUUGUUCUAUAUGUAUUAUAUAGUUAUAUUUUUCAUAAAUAUAUUACGUAACUAGUGAUAGAAGACCGCAUGACACAUCAAAAGCUAAUCAAAACAAAGAUUUCGUUAUAUAAUAUUCCUAGACUACUCAAACAACGGCAUCUAAUCCCAAGCUAAGCGGAGCUUGUGUUAUGGGUAUUAGACAACCGAUAUACAUAAUAUACAUAGAAACACUUAGACCGAUACAAUCAUAAUCAUGAAUACAAAUGUUUGUACCGUAUGACGAAUGGAAUUCGUGACCAUCGGAAGUAAAGCUCAAAGUAGUCUGAAAGGAUACCUCUGUGUUAUCUAUUUCAACCGCAAAACAGCUUGAUUUUUAAGUAGUUGUCGGCAAAAAUUGCGAAAUUUAUGGAUGAUCCCGAAUCACCACGAGAACGUAACAAUCUUCCGCAACAGACUUAACAAAUACUAACUCAGCCUAUAUAUAUAAAAUUGUGCCACAUUUGUUUUGUUUUACAAUGAUGUUACAACAGUGACUUAUUGAUAGCAAACACCUUUUCGCAUGAAAUCAUCCUAAUAGACCACCUGUAAUGUUGUUUGAUCAAUCGUCAAUACGUUUUCUGACAGCUAGAGGAAGUGUGAGUCGAAAUUUGGCUGCAGUCCAAACGGUUUCGCGUACUUAGGGCAAAUAAUGGGGAAAUGUACAGUAGUUGUAAAUUUACAGUUUUAAGAAAUUUAUAGUUCAGCUGACUUAGUCGCGGAAGAAUACUAACAGAACUCUGUAACUCUGACAUCGGGGCUCCUAGGUACACCAUGUGGAUUUCUUAAUGAGAAAAAAUCUCACCCUCUCCUCGCCUUCCAUCCAGCGGGAUACUGUCUUUGUGAACAUUAUCCAAGUGUAAAAGUGAAAGAAAGGGUUCAGCUGAAAUAGUGCUAAUAUUC